GACGCGCACUUCAACCUCACCGAUACCUCGCCCGUCACACUCACGUCCCCAGCCUGGCCCCAAAAUUACCCUCACAACAUGGCAUGCACGUACGUUAUCCAGGCUGCACGGGACCAACGUGUCAUGGUGACUUUCAUGACCUUUGACACGGAGCAAGGCUACGACAAACUGUGGAUCGGCAACGGGCUCACCCCGAUGGAGGACGUCAUUCUGCAGCUCAGCGGCACAAACUUCCCGGCGAGGGUUGCUUCGAUGGAGCACUCGAUGUAUUUGAUGUUUUCUUCUGACAACAAGUACAAGUAUCAGGGGUUUUCGCUGCGAGUUGAACACGUUACUCCUGACCAAGUUUCCUGUGAAGCAGGGGAAACGCUGUGCGACUACAAGGAUUUUAUCUGCGUCAGCGAGAACAGCGAAGGAGUAUGUCCUGACCUGGAAUGCGACUCCAACGCCGUGACCUUUCUCGACGACGCUGUGAUCGUCAAGUCGCCGGACUAUCCGCAGCCCUACCCGGCCGGCCUGUACUGCCGCUGGGACGUACCCUCCCGCGGCCUGGCUCCAGCCACGUUGAUCCGCGUCCUGGACUUCUCCACCGAGGCAGGCGAGGAUGUGGCCCAGGUCAGCGGGCUCACUUUCCCCGGGGGAGAACCGGCGGACUACACGCUGACGGGGACCACCACCAAGAUAGUCGCCGUGGUGUUCAAUGCUUCGAUGGGACUGACUGUCCGAUUCCGGACUGACUCUAACCUCCAGUUUACAGGAUUCCACUUUCACGUGACCAAUGUCAAUUUAACAGCUGGAGAGACAGAUUGGUGCAUGACUGACGGGGAGUCUGGAUUCCUGUGCGAAGAAGGAGCGUGUCUUGUAUCAUCAGCUAAAUGCGAUGGAUUCCUUGAUUGCCUGAACGGAGAAGACGAGAACGAUUGUGGUAAGCCGUGA